CUGUUUACCAGCGGGACAGAGCCGGGCACAGGCGGCGGAUGGAGCCGAACGGCGAGGUGAGAGCGGCUGCCCAACCCGCCUCAGCCCCUGGCAGGUCCAGGGACCGGCAGGCCAGUCCCUUGAGCUCCCAGCAGGUCGCCCCCUGCAGGUCACUGGGGACGCGACCCGCCCCCAGGGACGCGAACCCCUGGAGACAGGGGUCUUGAGUAGCAAUGGCCACAGAAGCCCCUGUGAAUACAGCGCCACCUGAGUGUAGCACUGUCAUCAGCACAGCAGCUGACAACCUCAUUUGGCAGCCAAACUCACUGAGUAUGCACAUGAUAAGGCCCAAGUCUGCCAAGGGACGAACAAGACCGAGUCUGCAAAAACCCCAGGGCACGGAGGUGUGCUCUCGUCGCAUACCAUUUUCUCCGCCUCCAGCCAUUCCCUAUGAGUCUCCAAGCAGCCAAAAACCAGGAGCCUGUGCACCGAAAUCUCCAAGCCAGAGAGUCUCUGAUGAGAUCCCUGAGCUGCUGCAGCAAGUGCCCAUUGGGGCUUCCUCUUCUCUCAAUAAGUACCCAGUCCUUCCUUCCAUCAACAGGAAGAACCUGGAGGAGGAGGCUGUGGAAACAGUCGCUGAAAAGGCCAGCUCACUGCAACUGAGCAGCAUCCGGGCUCUCUACCAAGAGGAGACCUGCACCAUGAAGACAAGUGAAGAAGAUUCCAGAGCUCGAGCUUGUGCUGUAGAGAGGAAAUUCAAGAGACAAGGCUCUUGCAGGGCUGAAAACAUGGAGGAACCAUCGGACCAAGAACCAAGGUUGCUGCUUGCCGUCAGAUCGCCAACAGGCCAAAGGUUUGUACGCCAUUUCCGGCCAACUGAUGAUUUGCAAACCGUUGUUGCUGUGGCCGAACAGAAGAACAAAACCUCCUACCAACACUGCAGCAUUGAAACAAUGGAGGUGCCCAGGAGAUGUUUUUCUGACCUCACCAAAUCUCUGCAAGAGUGCAGGAUCCCCCACAAGUCUGUGCUGGGCAUCUCGCUGGAAGACAGGGAAGGGUGGCCCUGAGUCCACAGCCAGCCAGCUGGGGUCCUGGGUCUCUGAGCAAGGAGCAUGCUCGGGCUUUGUAGCCUCCCAAGCAGCCUGUUUCAAGUGCCAUAUGGACCUGGUGCAGCUGGGAAGCUUGGGACUCUCAUCUCCACUGUGUGUCCUCUGAAGCAGUGAAAUCUGUGCCGAGUGCGCUAAGAAGGCUCCCUUCCUGCUGUUCCAUUCUCUCCACCAGCAGAAUAAACUGGCAAGUUACCAAGGCUGUUCCUGAAACAGCAGUGAUCACGACUUCUCCUUUCCAGAGUUUUGGGUCCUUCUAAACUAACGGUCCCUAACUAAACUAAGCAGGUAAAGGAACACCUGCUUGCCUUUACCGUGAACUCUGAUUCUCUUGCAAUGCUUUCCUUUCUGUAUUUGAUGCAGGAUCAAACACUUCCCAGAGGGAUUCUGGGAGUUCUAAAUAUCCAGGGUGUAGGAACUAUCUAACUGGCAUUUGUGUUUCUUGCGAGUAUUUUAAAGAAACAGGCCAUCAACCCCGUCUUUGGAAGUAGCCCCUUGGCCAUCCCACGGUCAGUUUCUUGGGGAUUACUAUUUGUGUAAGCUGGCAUCAAAGAGAAGAAUGGGUCUUCUUCCCCAAAACAUCAGCAUUUCUGAAACAGUCCUAAAGCUGGAAAGUAAGUUGCUUCCAUGAGCAUGGAUUGCCCAGUAGCUACUUUUUUACCACUGACUAGGUUUACAACUUCUAGUGCUACUCUCUGUGGGCAGACUUCUUCCAAAACAGAAAAACCAGUGCAAUCUGAUUUCUUUUGCUUUUGUCAGUAAUGGAAUCAAAUUUUGUUUUUAAAACGUACAAACCUAUAAGUCUAAACAGGUUUGUACAGACAGCCUCCUUGGCUUAUCUGGGGUGGAGCAACUGUUUUAUUCCCCAGUUCCAGUGUGUUGCCCACUUCCAACGUGGAAUGUCCUUUGGAGCUGUGACAGAGGUGCCUGUUCUGACUUAGAACCUCUGGAGGAGGAGAGGGUACCUUGGUCUGGUGUUACUUUGCUGUGCCUGUGCUGAGAGACCACAUGCCCAAGCAUCUGGUUGACCGGCCUGAAGUACAUCAGCCUGUCUCAGCCUGAGCUGCUUUGAAGACGGUGGGGUCUUGUGUUUCCAACUUCGAAGUGGUGAUGUGGACAAUUUGCCAACGUUCUCCUCUACUGCAAGUUCAGCCAGACUCCACCACUCAUCUGAUCCCUUUUAUGGCCAAAUCAUCAUUCAGAGUAGGGAACACUCAGACAUUCUGGGCAUGUUGUUCCUCCAGAAGCCCUGAGUUCCGGUAUGUGCCCCUGCCUCCUGGGUACACGAAGAGAAGGCAGGAAUCAGGAGUUCCAGAAGCAUAUACACAUGGCUACCCCAGCAACAAGUGCCUCCUGUGCUCAGAUAAGGUGCAUGGUGGGGAGGCGUGGCAUUGGAGAUGGGCACCACUGCCGUUUGCUCAGAAGAAGGCUGGCCUCAUCCUAACUGCAUCCUACACCGCCCAGAUCACCUAGAAUAGGUUAUUUCUGAACGUUUUACAGAAUUUCUUAAUACCAUCCUGGUUUGGUCAGCCAUUCCUUUGAUUGGAAAGGUCAGCUGGUGCCACUGGUGCCUCGGGCUCGCCCACACAACUGGUCACCUCUUCCCGUUAGUGACUGCAGCCAACGGAACUUGAGCCCAGCAUCUAAAGAGUACAGGAAUUUCACUUCCCACCAGGACUCAAGCACAUAACUCUGCCUCUGAUCUAGGAGGCUGGGGGAAGAGCCUCCCAUAAAAUCACACCUACUCUGUGGUAAGAAUAAAAUCCCACCCACCUGGGACUUGGUAAUUUUUCCAGACAGGAAAGCUUUAGAAAAACUUGAGUGAAAUGGAGCAAGCUUGAAGAAGUUAGAAUCUUCUGCACUUAGGGUUUGCUGCUGCUGCUGCUGGUGAGCUUAGAAUUUGGGGGCUGGGAAAAAGUGGAAGGCAUGAAGCAUAGAAAUAUUUUAGGAUAUGUUAAUAAAGCUAGACUCAAACCAUCAUAAUAAUUUUUUUGGACAAAAAUGAUGAUGCUAACAAUAAAAAUCAACUUGUGUGAAACUGAGUCAAUGGAGAAAGCAUCUUGUAUUUUAGCCUAAGACUCGGCUACCACACACAACUGGACAGAGGGGUGUGUUACCCUGAUCUUCAGUUUUCUCGUUGGGAAACCUCUACUGUUAAAACCAAGUCCUCCUCCCCAGACACUUCAGAUGCCCCCUGCAGAAGCUCUGGGGCUCCUGCUCUCACCUUCCGUCACAGCACUUAGCUUGUCUGGAUAAGAGUCACCUGAAUGUUUCCUACACAUCAUUCCAAGUACUCUGAUUUUGAGCGUUGGCAAGAACCAACUAAAUCAGAAUUCCGAGUUCCUGAUGGCUCUGCAUGUGCAGCUGAGGACCCCUGUCCUAAAUGGACUCAACUGGCCUAGUGUACUCUUCUUGGUGGCUUUGAGUGGGUCAGCCUUGCCCAAUUUGGGAUCACAGACCUUAGUUAUUCAUUUAACCAAUGGUCAUUGAGGGCUUACCCGGUGCCAUACUUCAAGACAAGCAUGGGUGUCCUGGCAAGAAAGUAUUGGCAGGAAAACAUGAACCCACCAUUGGACUCUCAACUCAAACCCUACUGAAGUCAGUGGCUAUAGCUUUAUCCGUGAAGGACCCCAGAGUGAGGAUCCCACAUUAUUACUACUGGCUCUUCUCCCCACCUUCUGGCAAUGCUAAGGAAACCCUUCCCGGCUUUUCCUAGUGAUGGAGUAGGAACUUUGCAUAGGACAAAGCUUCAUGGUAGGUUAUUCCAAUAUAUUGCCUGAUAAAGUCCAAUAGGUAAAUUAGUCUUGGCAGCAGAAGGAACAGCAGGAGAAGUAAGUGACUCAUCAUCUAGAAUCCAGAAAAUUUGCACCAACAGAUGGCAGGUGGUUAUAACACACAGUUCUUGUCCUGAGAGUGUCUGGGGACCCAGCCAACAGCCGUCAAGCCAGGGCAGUCCUGCAGAAGAGAUGGCUUGUGAACAUGACUGUGGACUCACAGUCACCCCAGAGCACCCACAUAAAAUGCUUCACAGACAGAGACACUAAGCGCGGCCUUGAGGCAUUCAUUUCAAUUAAUAACCUUACAGACUAGAGCCAGAUCCCCCCACAUCACAAAAGCACGCACUCGAGGAAUGAAGCUUUGCUUUUGCUCAUGCUCUUACCUGCCAUUUUAAAUGGGUGUCUAAUGUCAGAUAAAGCCACCCUGCCUCUUGGGACAAAGAUGUUUCUCUUCACACAGUUUUAAAAACAAAGCCCUCAUAAUAAGUUUGAAUAAAAGAGCCUUUUACACAGUAAGAGGAUCUACUUUUCUACCUUUUAAAUGGAAUAAUGAAGAAAGGUGUAUUAAUUUGCUUUAGCGUUAGUUUAGAAGUCAUUCUGAGAAUGAAGCAGGAACAUCUGUUUUCUUAGUCCACAAAGGCAACACCCCACAAUAAAGUUCAAAGUUCACGAGCCUAUUGACUCUCAUCUGAAAACCAGAACCAACCAAACCCCAUCAUAUAACAGGAAAGUCCUGAGGUCACUUCAGAGGAGUUAGCAAUCAAGAGAACAGACUUUUGGUGACUCAGUUACCGACACACAAGAUAGCAACUCAUAAAACUAAAAUUGGGUGGUUUAUUUUUUGUCUACACUGGUGGCGUGCCACUUUCCUGAUUAGGGAAGCUUCUCCCAGCCCUUUCUGACGUUCGUCUGUGUUCCUUUACGUUCAAACAGUUUAGGAAGCAGCAGCCCUCCUAACAGUCGACGCGGAAGCACAAAUCUCUGGAGGUAUUUUUGGACACACUUAAAUCUUAUCCCAAGAGGCUGAACGACUGUGGAGACAAAUGCCCAGGGGUAAAACUGCGCAAGCCUCAUUCAGACUGGCCUGCUCAGAGGCGCCCUCUGGCUGCCGUGUUGAGGGGCUGGGGUGGAAGAUGGAAGACCAGGUGCUGGAGCUGUAUGACUAUGACCCAGCGAAAGGUGAUGGUGGUUCGGGCCAGGGUGGUAGCCAGAGAUGUCAUGAGAGGUGGCCAGAUUCUGGACAUAUAAUCCAUUUUCUUAAGGGAAAAAAAAGGAUAGUUUGACGAGUUGGGAUUUACCCAAGUGGACUUAGCUUGACCAAUAUUGCCAACGUGGAUUGUUUCUGCAAAAACAAACAUGCAAACAAACACCAUGGCAGCAAAGCACAUGCCAGGUGGGGAAAAGACACUGACCGGCAGGAAUAUUCACAUCCAGGAAAUGCAGGAGUGUUUUUGGACACAGUGUACAGAGAAAACCAAAGCUAUUCAUUGUUUUAAUUAAGAGAGAAAACUAACGUCACUGUUUCACUUAAUGUUUAGGUGUAAGUUAAAAGUAAUUACCAUCUAACUCUAGGGGUUUGUGAUAUGAUUGCUGACCAAGGUUACUUAAUAAGGAAUCUUUGUUCCAGUUAAAUACAUUGUUUAUCUCUAUCUCCCAUCCUUCAUCCCUCCUGUUCUUGCUACCUUUCCUUCCAUUUAUCCCAAUCCAGCAGAUGACUGGGGAUGCAUUUCUUCUUGGGAGGACAAAUGAAGCCAUCAUUCUAGGGUCUAAUUAAUAAAGCUCCUAGUUUCAUAA